AUAAAUUAGUUCAUUUUCAGUUUCAAUAAUUACAUACCGAUUCUUGUUGGUCCAAUAUAAAUAUUCUAACGCGACCAAACUCAAGAAUCAUAGUCGCUCUCAAUUUUCAUUCUCAAACAUGUCCAAGCAAACAUACAGAGUUUGCUGGUGUUUCCGCCGACGGUUCAAGGUCCGUGAGACUGAACCGCCGGCGGACAUCAAGGAACUCUUUUGUCGUUACUCUGAGAACGACAUCAUGACCGCUGAGCAAUUGCAGCGGUUCAUGGCCGAAGUACAGGGAGAUGAUAAAGUGACAAAGGAGGAGGCCGAGGCUGCGGUCGAUGCUACGAUUAAAGAGCUGAAACAUCUCCCGAUCUUUCACCGGAGACUUCUGAAUCUUGAAGCAUUUUUUCGGUAUCUCAUGAGUGACUACAAUCCUCCUCUACCUUUUCCUCCUAAGGUGAUGCAUGAUAUGGAUGCUCCAUUGGCACAUUAUUUUAUAUACACCGGACACAACUCGUAUCUUACCGGCAACCAAAUAAGCAGCGAUUGCAGCGUUGUCCCCAUCAUCGAAUCGCUUAAGAGAGGCGUUCGUGUCAUUGAGCUCGACAUGUGGCCUAACUCCACUAAAGAUGAUAUUGAUAUUGUCCAUGGAGGGACAUUAACAGCACCAGUCAAAUUAAACAAGUGCUUGGAAGCCAUCAAGACACAUGCAUUUGUUGCAUCUGAAUAUCCUGUCAUCCUCACUCUUGAAGAUCACCUGACUCCUGAUCUUCAAGCCAAAGUUGCAAAGAUGGUGACCGAAACAUUCGGUGAUGUAUUAUAUUGCUCCGAAUCAGAAGCUAUGAUAGAUUUUCCUUCCCCUGAAUCGCUAAAGAAGCGAAUAGUAGUCUCAACAAAACCGCCAAAGGAAUAUCUUGACACUGCCAAGAGCAUGAAGGGAAAUGAUGAGGACUCCGUGAAGAUGAAAACCGCAUCCGAAGAUGAUCCAUGGGGUGUAGAAUUUUCAGACACUCUUGAGAAACCUAUGCCCUUAGAUAAGGAUCAUAAGGAUGAAGAAUUUCACUAUGAAGAAGAGAGUGUGAAGCAUAAUUUGGAACCCGAGUACAAACAACUAAUCGCAAUCCAAGCGAAGAAACUUAAAGGAGGAGUGAAAGACUGGCUACAUGAUGAUCCUACAGCCGCUAAGCGGAUUAGUCUCAGGGAAACACGACUCGAUAAGGCCAUUGAGAAUCAUGCAACAGAUGUCAUCAAGUUUACCCAAAGAAACUUGUUGAGGGUGUUCCCAAAAGGCUCACGAGUUGACUCAUCAAACUACAAUCCGUUAAUUGGUUGGACUCAUGGGGCUCAAAUGGUUGCAUUUAACAUGCAGACCCAUGGGAGGUCACUAUGGCUGAUGCAAGGAAUGUUCAGAGCCAAUGGAGGCUGCGGGUACGUUAAAAAACCAGAUUUCUUUCUUAAAAACGGCCCCGAAGACAAGAUCUUUGAUCCUAAAAACACACUUCCUGUUAAAAAGACUCUCAAGGUGAAAAUAUAUAUUGGUGAUGGGUGGCACUUGGACUUCAAAGAAACACAUUUUGAUAUUUAUUCACCCCCAGAUUUCUAUGUCAAGGUUGGAAUUGCUGGAGUUCAAGCUGACUCAGUUAUGAAGAAAACAAAGAUUCUACAAGAUGACUGGACACCAAAAUGGGAAGAAGAUUUUGAGUUCCCGUUAAUGGUUCCAGAGCUUGCAUUGCUUCGCGUAGAGGUACAUGAAUAUGAUAUGACUGAAAAAGAUGAUUUUGGAGGACAAACUUGUCUUCCGGUAUUUGAAUUGCGAUCAGGAAUUCGAGCUGUACCACUUCAUGAUCAAAAAGGUGAUAAAUACAAGUCUGUGAAGCUGCUUAUGCGUUUUGAUUUUGUAUAAGUUAUAAUCAUUUACUUCAUGUUUUGUUUUACAAUAUAGUGAUUAAUGUGGUUUUGUAAAUGUUGGACAAAUGGAAAAUAUAUGUUUGUAUAAACGCUAUAUCAUGCUAUUUAUUCAGGUUAUAUAUCAUAGUAAUAAAAAGAGUUUUUGAA